AAGAAACCAUUACUAGAGACGUUAAACGAGAACCCAUAACCUUGGAUCUUGGCCCACCAUGGAUGACGGCGAACGGGUCAGCUUCGACUUGAACGAAUCGCUAAAAUACUAUAAUGACAACCCAAACAGUGUACCGUGUACCGACGCCGACCCGGAACUGUUAGAGGCAGAGUCUGAGCCGGAAGCGCUCUCCAAUGCCCAGAUAAAUCGAAUACUUGAGCCUAUAAUUGAUUCCAUUGCAGUCAAUCCCGAUGCCAUCACCCGUCCGUCAAAUUUCGAUUCCCUACAAUGUCUCCUGAAGUACCUUCGCUCCUCCCGCUCCGCCUUACCCCCGGAGAAGUGCUAACGAAGAAAACCCCGUAGAUAUUUCCCCACAAUCCCUACACAAGCUAUCGGUAAGGUCCUCGACCUGAUCGCCUCCGGCCUUUCCGCGGAGGCAGAAAUUGCAAACCAGGACAUCGAAGGCGAGGAGCAGGACACCCUCAAGGAUCACAGGGAGCUUCUCGAGAUGUAUGGAUUCCUUCUCCGGUGGGCUGUUACUGCUCUGGAGAGCCGCGCGGCAGACAAAGCCACCACCGCUGCGGCCCCUGUUGGACGGAAGGGGAAGGGGAAGGGGAGAGCGGCGGCUGCUAGUGGCUCUUGGGAUUCUACAACACAUCUUAUCGUGGCUCUAGAGACGAUGUGCAAAGUGCUGAAAUUGAAGCUAAUACGGGUGUUUGUUACCACAUCGGAGAGGGAUACGUUUGUCAGUUUAUUCACAAAGCCUGUUUAUAUUGUUCUCGAAAGCGAGCAGCGGGUGAAAAUUACAAAUGUCAGAAUGCAUUUAUUCAAGGUCUUGUGUAUCUCUGUGAAGCACCAUGGACACGCGUUUGGUAAGAAUUAUGCCCCACGGAUGGAGGUGGCGUUCACUGAAAACAGCAUCUAAUUUUCUAGUCUACAGGCGCACAAACCUCUAUUGUUCAAAAUCUCACCUACUUCGAACAUCUAUCCGAGCCCAUGGCGGAAUUCCUGCAGAUCCUUUCGGAGCAGUACGAUUAUCCACAGUUGGUGGACGAGAUUUUAAGAGAAUUGAGCAAUAAGGAAUUUAACAGCAAUGACACAAGGGGCCCAAAGUCUGUAUCGGGAUUCAUUUCAAAGCUGUCAGAGCUAGCUCCACGACUUGUCAUUAAGCAAAUGACUCUCCUCAUUAAACUGCUUGAUAGCGAGGUAACCAAAUUCCCUCUCAACGAUGAUUAAGCAGUUUGCUUAUACAGAACCCCGGCCCUGUUAGUCGUACAAUCUUCGUUGUGCUGUUAUAGAUGUUUGUGGAAAUCUUAUUGUCGACCUAGCCAAGGAGGAUGACGAGAGGGGUGACAGUAACAAAGCUCAGAUGGAAGCUUUCUUCGAUGUACUGGAAGAGCGAUUCCUGGACGUUAACCCCUACUGUCGCUGCAAGGCUAUCCAGGUUUACACCAACAAAAUCCUUGAGUAUGCUCAACUCCUACCGUAUGCACCUAUUGGUCACGAUACUCACUAGGCGCAGGCUCGAAAAGAAAUUCAACAAACGACGACAAAAGGUAGCAAACCUAGCCGUAAGGAGUUUAGAAGACAAGAGCAGCAAUGUUCGAAGGAAUGCUAUCAAACUCUUGACCAAAUUGAUAACAGCCCACCCCUACAACCUCCAUCAUGGGGGUGUCCUUACACUCACGCUCUGGAAGACCGGACUACAAGUUGCCACUGCGAAUCUCGAUGCAUUAAAACCCGCGAUUGAGAACCCUCCUGUGGACCAGGAAGCUGGGAACGAAACAGUUGAAUCCAAUUUAUAUGAUGAAGAAACGAUGAUUGAGGGCGGAGAGGGAACAGAGGGGGAAGAAUCUAGGAAAUCCCCACCUCCACCGCCUCCCCCGGAGGUCCCCGAGGUUGAUAAUUCGGAUGAAAUCAUACGACUCAACCUAACAAGACGCUAUUACCUUGAAGCUGUUCGAUUCAUCGAAGUAAUACAUGAUGCAUCUGAACAUGUUUGCCAGCUUCUGUCUUCCAAGAAUAAGAGUGAAGUUGUGGAAGCAAUGGACUUUUUCAAGGUUCUCCACACUUAUAAAGUAGAGAAAGCAAACGUUGGUCCACACUAUCCUUUGAUUGCCCCCUUCUUGGGGUGGAUAUGCUAACUGUCUUUCGGGCAUAGGAUGGGAUUCGCCGAAUGCUACGACUAAUCUGGACUAAAGGAAACAGCGACGAGGGGAAGGGUAUACAAUCUCACCUUGUUGAUAUCUACAAGGCACUCUUCUUUGAUGCUCCCCAUGGGUUCAACGCGAACGAGGCCGCUACAUAUAUCGCGCGGAAUAUGAUCUCUCUUACGCAGGGGGAUGUUACUCCCGCCGAACUGACAUCGCUGGAACAAUUAUUGAGCAGAAUGAUGAAGGAGGGACAUGUUUCCGAUCUUGUGAUUCACAAGUUGUGGCAAAUCUAUGGAGUACAAAAUCGGAGCAUAUCCAAGAAGCAGCGCCGAGGGUCUAUUGCCGUAUUGGGCAUGCUUUCCCUUGCAGACCCAGAUAUAGUUGUCCGGCAACUGGAGACAAUCUUGAGGACUGGACUGGGGCCUUUGGGAAGGUCUGAUUUGGUACUGGCUAGAUACAGCUGUGCUGCACUUAGGCAUAUUAGCCCAAGUGGGCGGAAGGCUAAAGGUAUGAACACGGGGUGUAUAUUUUGGUUGUAAAUGACGCGUGCUGACUGCUUUCCCGCCUGUCAAGAUACCCACACAGCUAUGACAAAGCUUACAAACGAUCAUGCUAUCUUGGUAAGAUUGGCAGCGCUUGUAGAGCUUCAAACAGAGAACCAGGAAUGGUAUGUGAUUUUCCUCCGAAAUUUGACGCUGAACUAACAGUAGCUUGUAGGUUUGGAGUUGCGGAGCAGGCUAUCAGCGCUAUAUAUGCAUUAUCUAAGCACCCAGACGUGCUCUGUACAGAGGUGAUACGGCGCAAAACUAAGGCUGUUUUUAGCCAACAGGAAAAUCCUGCACCCGAGCCGGAACCGGAACCGGAACCAGCUCCUGCGGACGAAGAUGUAGAUAUGAUGGACAUAGAUGAAGCGCCAUCAUCACCUCCCGCGCAGACGCCUGCCGCUAUUCACGAGCAAGAGGAGCCAAAGAAGGGGGGGUCUUCGUUUCCUUUGUCUCAACUAAUGUUUAUUGUCGGUCACGUUGCUGGUAAGGCCCAUCCUAGGCCAGGACUGAGACGACAUUCUAACUCCCGGAAUAGUGAAACAGAUUGUCCAUCUGGAACUCAUUGAAUUAGAAUUCAAACGUCGGAAAGGCGAAGCUGAAAAAAGUAACAUAAUGCUCUCGUUUGGUGAUGAUCCGUAUUCUAACCUAGAUGCAGAUAAAGAGGCAUCGCCGCAGAAGAAGGGAGGAGAGGAGCCUGAUGAUCUGGAUCUCAUUGGGGGUACCACUGAAGACGACUUCACCGAAGCUAUGGGCAUAAUUAGGGAGCGCGAACUUCUAUACGGCGAAAACUCGAUUUUGUCAAACUUUGGUCCUCUGUGCGCCGAAAUUUGUGCCAAUAAUAUAUCCUAUAAGGUUUGCACCGCCUCUCCCUGACCUUCCAACACCCAGCGCUGAUGCCCCAGAAGGAUCGGACUCUCCAGGCGCAGAGCGCCCUUUGCAUGGCGAAGUUGAUGUGUGUGUCAUGUAUGUGAUUGAUGAUAUCCUAUGUCUGAGUGCGCCGCUUGCUCACGACAUACUUUCUAGCCGAAUACUGCGAGUCCAACUUGCCGUUAUUGAUCACUGUCAUGGAGUACUCUGUAGACCCUAUCACCCGUAGUAACGCAGUGAUAGCGCUCGGAGAUAUGGCAGUUUGCUUCAACCAUCUAAUUGACGAAAACACAGACUUCCUCUACCGCCGUUUGAGGGACCGUGAUGCAUCUGUCAAGAGGACGUGUCUUAUGACGUUAACCUUCUUAAUUCUAGCCGGUCAAGUCAAAGUCAAAGGCCAGCUUGGCGAGAUGGCAAAAUGCCUGGAAGACUCUGACAAGCGCAUUGCGGACCUUUCUAAAAUGUUCUUUAGCGAGCUGGCGACGAAAGAUAACGCAGUCUACAAUCAUUUUGUGGACAUGUUCUCACUACUCUCGGCCGAGAAAGAUCUCAGCGAAGAUGCCUUCAAGAAAAUCAUCAAGUUCCUGGCGACCUUCAUCGAGAAGGACAAGCAUGCUAAGCAAUUGGCGGAUAAGCUCGCGGCUAGGUUGCCACGAUGCGAUACUGAGAGACAGUGGAACGACGUUGCCUACGCGCUGUCACUCCUCCCGCACAAGAACGAGGAAAUCGCAAAAACCCUCACUGCAGGAUUCAGAGUUGUCCAGGCAAGUGCUUAAGAUGGUCCAUGGAGGCAACGCUAUGUUUAAACGUGUUGGCACGAUAAACAUUAUUAUUGUACAAUAGCUACCAGCUGAUUAUGUUAUUCAUGGAAAAAUGGGCUGGAAGUUGGGUUAUUCUAAACAAAUACUUGGUGAAAGAAAGAAAGAAGAAAAAAAACCGUCCAUAAUGGCCGAGCUUCCAUCUCUCGCGCUGCGGUACCGUAUCUGUCAUACGUGCCGCCAUGUGUCACACGUCGCUGCUGUGCACACUCUCGUACUCGUCGCUGCUGUGCACGCUCUCGUGCUCGUGCUCGUGCUCCUCAUGUUCAUGUUCACAGCACUCAUCAUGCCCAUGGUCUUGACACCGCUGCCCCUGCUGCUGCUGACUCUUCAACGGCAGCAGCAACCUAAACGCCGAAUUCCCAUUCAAAUAAUACCUAUGCAAUCGCUUACUCCGCAGGAAACCCAACCCUUCGUAAAGCCUCAUGGCAGCGGUAUUGGUGAUCUCUGUCUCCAACGCUACCUACUCUCCCCCCGCGCCCAAUUAGCCGCCAACGCCCACCCCCGGUGAGCAUAAGUGAUACCUCAUCAGCAUCCCUCUCGAUCAUAGCUUUGAUCGCCAUCUUGACCAGGUUCGUCGCGAUCCCUUUACCCCGGUAACGUUCCCUAACAGCUAGCAUGGCAAUGUACCCGCGCAUUGGCCCGCCGCGAUGGGUCUCAAGCUUGCAGACCACGACGCCAAUCAUGGUUCCCUCGUCCAUUGCCUACGGCCGCGUUAGCUAUUGCGGGGGGGGGAGGGAGGGGAGGGGAACCAUGUAGCACAGGUCUCCCCAUUGAUAGAGAAAGUAGCGGUAGACGUAGAUGCUGUACGGCUCGGAAAGGUCAGUAGAUAUCAGCGUACGGAUGGCCUCGAGCUGUCUCGGUUCUUGGGUUGCGUCGUAGGGGGUGUAAAUUAUUUCUGGCAUUGUGUGGUGGCGGUUGGUGAGGCUCUGUUCGGAUUAUCUUUGGUGGUUGCGGCGGAUUCUUUGGUGAAGAAUGCAGGGAUGUGGAAUCCGGAAUGGAGUUGCGCCAUGUUGCUUUUUAUCUGUUAUAAUACGACACUAUGGAGGGAGGAAGGCAUCAUUGUUGGUUGCUGGCACUAGUAGCUACCAGGUUCUUCUCUCCCCCUUCCCUCCUCUCUCACUCUCUCUCACCUCGACCAACCGACCCUCUCCCUCUCAAGCUACUCGCUCUCCUACCCUGCCGCAAUACUAUUAGCCAUACGGGGCAUCGCAUCAUACAUUCAACACCUACAGCAUAACGAAUUUACUGCAUCAUAAUAUCAUCCAAAAUCCAUGCCCGUCAAGAGCCGCAAGCAGCAAGGUUCCCAAAAUCCCUCGGAGCCCGAACCCGGUCAUGAUGCCGCAACUUCACCCUCGCCCUCCCCACUGCCGCCCCAGGAACCCAAAAAGACCAAGAAGCGCUCACUGGGCCUCACAUUCUUCAUCGGUGGCAUCGCCGGCCUCCUGCUGGCCGGCUUCGCAGCAAAGAGCCAAGACUCCAUGCAAUUCAUUUCCGAGCUGCGACUGGAUGUUCUGGUCGACGUAAUCCCGGCCGGCAUUCUGAAGGAAGCGACGGAGAUUUCGAAGCAGGAGAAGGAUGCGGUUGGGCAUGAAUCUUUUCAGGUGGGACUUGCGUUGAAGGCGGAGGGCCUGACGGCUAGGCAUCCGGUUGUCAUGAUACCGGGGGUUAUUUCUACAGGUUAGUUCUCUGCUCUCUCUUGGCCCGCGGAGGUGGGGACUGACCGCGGGGUGUGGUGGCUUAGGGCAGUUAUAAUUCUAUCAUCUAUGCUACGGGCGUGCGCUGACGAGUGACGGUUGUGGUGCUGGUUGGGGCGAGUAGAUUGGAGAGUUGGGGAACUGGUGAGAAGAGUCGGCCGUAUUUUCGGAAGAGGCUCUGGGGGUCUUGGAGCAUGUUGCGGGCAAUGGUUACUGAUAGGGCCACUUGGAAGGUUCAACUUUUGUACAUUCCGAUGUUGCCGAAAUGCUGCUUACGGAUUGUGGUGGUGGUUAGGCGCAUGUCAUGCUUGAUAAAGAGUCCGGCCUUGAUCCACCCGGGAUAAAGCUUCGAGCUGCACAGGGCUUCGAUGCUACGGAUUUCUUCGUCACUGGGUAUUGCCAACAUCACCGUGCUUCCUCCGGCGCCACCGCAGGCCCACAAUGCUGGGCUUGAACUGACGGCAUGAAAAUGUAGGUAUUGGCUGUGGAGUAAGAUUAUCGAGAAUCUAGCUAGCAUCGGAUACGAUCCCACCUCAGCAUACACAGCUUCUUACGAUUGGCGGUUGGCGUAUCAGAAUUUGGAGCUUAGGGAUCGGUACUUUUCGCGGCUAAAGAAUUAUAUUGAGACCGCUGCUAAGCUUUCCGAUAAGAAGGUGGUGUUGGUAGCUCAUAGCAUGGGGUCCCAACUCGCACAUUAUUUUUUCAAGUGGGUGGAGGCGGAGGGGUAUGGCAAUGGUGGGCCAAGAUGGGUGGAGGACAACAUUGAAGCGUUUAUAAACGUACAGUACCUCUCCAUCACAGCCUCUCACCCGCUAAUACCCACACCAACCACAGAUAAGUGGAUGUAUGCUCGGCGCUGUAAAAGGCGUGCCGGCAGUGCUAUCGGGGGAAAUGAAAGACACCGCCCAGUUGAACCGCUUCGCAGUCUACGGCCUGGAGAAAUUCUUCAGCCGCGAAGACCGUGCGGAAAUCAUGCGCGCCAUGCCCGGGAUCUCAAGCAUGCUACCGAAAGGUGGCAACGCUGUCUGGGGCAACCUAACCUGGGCACCCGACGACCUCCCAUCGCAGGAUACCAGCAACGGCGCAUUCAUAAAAUUCACCAAGGGGAACUACACGGAGGCGCAUGCGAACCUGAGCAUGUCGGAUAGCCUCGCCUACCUUUUCGAUAACUCGGACUCUUGGUUCCCCAACAUGAUCCGACAGUCCUACUCCCACGGCGUAGCCCUGAGCGGCGCAGAAGUAGAGGCCAACGAGAAGAUCCCGCAGAAGUGGGUGAACCCUCUGGAGUCGCGGCUUCCGCUUGCGCCUAGUUUGAAAAUCUACUGCUUUUACGGGAUUGGAAAGCCCACCGAACGGAGUUACUACUAUCAGGAGAACAAGGACCCUCUGUCCCGGUUGAACGUUAGCAUCGACACGGCCGUGAGUGGGGAAGGCAGUGACCGCGGGGUCGUCACAACCGAAGGCGAUGGCACGGUCCCGCUCCUAUCCGCGGGGUAUAUGUGCGUGAAGGGGUGGCGGUUGAAGAGGUUUAAUCCCGCCGGCGUCAAGAUCAAGACGUAUGAGAUGCCGCACCAACCGGAGAUGUUUGACAUCAGGGGUGGUCCGAAUACUGGGGAUCAUGUUGGUGUGCUUUUUCCCUCUCUUUCCCUCUCUCUUUCCCUCUCUCUCUUUCAUCACUGCGAGAGCUAGGUUUUCAGAUGCUAAUUGGGCGGUAGAUAUCCUUGGGCGCCAGAAACUCAAUGAAUUAAUCCUUAGAGUAGCGGCCGGCGACGGCGAUAGUAUCAACGAGAAUAUUGAGUCGGAUAUCGUGGCUAUUUCGGAAAAGGUUAAGGUUUAUGAUGAUUAAUCGAUCGGAGUUUGUUUUUGCGAAGGGGAGAAAAAAAAAGAUUAGAUUACUGUAGGUGCCCUGGAGGAUGCUGUACUGUACUCCCGAAUUAGGGGUAGUAUCAUACACUGCCCCAAUUAAUUGGUUAGCUUUUGUUUCGAUUGCCGUGUCUCCCUUGUUAGACCGGGGCCAAUCACAACAUCAUGGCAGUAGUCGUGUAAGGUCAUUUUAUGGCAGGAGCUGCCUGAGUAGUGGCCAUGGAGGCGGGAAGGCGAGUAGCUAGUCUAGGUAUCCGCGCAGCAGUUUGAUAGAGACCCGAUCACUACCACAGCAACUGAUGGCACCGUAAGAACGGUUGAGAAUACUCAGGCAAGCAGGAAAAAACCCACCACCCAUUAUCCAGUGGGCUAGUUGGUACGACACGACACACCGCCAUGUUAUGGAGCGCUGUAAUGAUGGACGCUCCAUGAUAUUUCCAUUCCAAAUAUGAUACCUUCUUCAUAACCCAAGUGGUAACC